UCGUUAACUGUUGCAAAUAAGAAAUGUUUCAGUCAUAAUUCAGUAAUCGAGUUAGACGUUUACUGUGUUCUUGUGAGAACACUGCCAAAGUAGUUCAAAAACUGAAGCUGGCAUGAAGAUCCAUCUCAUAUUUGUUAUAGUCUCUUUGGUGUUGGCGAAAACCAUUGCAGACGACCAGUGCCUAGUCUGCGGCUGGAACAGUGAUGUUCAUUGUGGAAAGGUGGCUGAUGGCUCCUGUGUGUUUACUGGUCUAAAUCGUUGCCAUGUUGAACGUGUUUCAUGCCGUCGAGAGGAAAAAAAGCUGAAACCCUUCACCGAAAUUGUUAAAGGAAGGUGCCCGAAGGAUAUAAAAAAGUGCGUCAAGCUCUAAAAUAAAUUCAUGGUCUAUUUCAUCAAUUAAUUAUUAAUAUUGUUCAAUCCAACAAAUCAACAUUUGUUAUUAUAAAGUAAUCGGCA